CCUCUCGUUUGAAGUUGCACUAAAGUAAACAUGAAUUUUCUUCCACUCUGUUUCUUAAGCAUCGCGCUUAUGCUUCCACUGGGUUUGAAUGGAAAUGUGAUAGUCUUAACAGAAACAAAUUUCGAUGAAAUUACUUCGCAAAACAAGAUUAUGGUUAAAUUUUAUGCGCCCUGGUGCGGUUACUGUGUGCAAAUGAAGAAUGACUAUAUGAAUUUGGCAAACAAAUUAAAAGAUGAGGGCUCGGAGAUUAAGGUGGGCGCAGUAGAUUGUGACCAACAUGGUCGCGUGUGUAAGGGCGUUAAAGGUUUUCCAACCUUGAGAUUCUAUCGAAAGGGAUCUUCAACCCUCGAUUACACAGGACAACGGACCGUAAAUCCCAUGUAUAAAUUUCUAACGACUAACGCCUAGAGGAGCAUAAAGUAAUGUAACCGUCCACUGCCGCAUAAAACACUUUUGUACAACUUACGGACAGGAGUUUGCUGUUACUUUUUGGAAUACGCAUAUAUUUGAAAAAUAAUGUUUAAAAAAUUUUAUCCACUGUUGGUAAGGAUGAGUUACGAACGGCAUAAUUAAAACGUUUGAAUUUCU